AUGGCCGACGAACCGCUGCCCCGCGUCUGGUUCAAGGCGACGCCCGAGGUCGACUACUACGCAGCGCUCAACGUGAGCCGGAGUGCGACCGCGGACGAGGUGCGCAAGGCCUUCUUCGCGCUGAGCCGCGAGUUCCACCCGGACAAGACCAAGCACACGGACGAGGCGAACCAAGAGUACCCGCGCUUGGACCGCGCGUACAAGGUGCUUUCGUCGGCGCCAUUGCGCUUGGCCUACGACAACUACGGCGAGCGGGGCGUCUUGGCGCUUGAGGAGGACAAGACGGCCGACUGGACGCUCGGUACGUAUGUGGCCAAGGACGCCGACGUUGAGGAGCGCGUCCGCAUCUUGCUGCGCCGCUGGAACGAAAAGCAUAUCCAGGCGCAGUUCCUCUCGCAUACCGACUGCGAAGUGAGCAUUGACGCGACCGACUUUGUGCGCUUCCCGCUCUUCUCGCUGCGCCAGAUCUUCAACAAGGACCACCGCAUGCUCAGCAUCUCGCAAAUGGUCAUGCGCCAAUCGACCAACAUCCAAGUGUCGCCACACACCACGGUCGUGCUUGGCGGGUACCUCUACGACAAGGACGGCCUCGGCCUCGGCGCGCUCACGUGCGGCAUCAACUACGUGACGGCCGACCCAGCCGCGCUGCGGAUAUACCUCUCGUCCGAGAUGGGCUGGACGCCCAAGCUCAGCGUGCACCUCGAGCAACCCAUGUCGUCGACGACGUCGUGCUUUCUCAUGCCCGAGCUCACGACCGACGGCCUCGACAUGACGGUCGGUGUGCACCACGCGCUGCGUCUCUCGCCCACGCUGCCGCUGCAAGCGAGCAUGCUCUUUAGCAUCCAUGACGGUCUCAAGUCGAGCUUGCAGUACCAGGACGAGUCGAUGGAGGCCGGAACGUCGCUCGCGAUCCAGAACGACGGCCCGCAUCUUGGCGUGAACCUCAAGAAGCAAGUGACGUCCCACACGUCGGCCAAGGUCGGUGUCGAUGCAAGCCUCGGCAACGUCGGCAUGGUGCUCACGACCACGUCCCAAGUGUCGCGCCGGAGCCGCGUCAGCAUCGCCUUGCGUCUCGCGCUCCAAGGCAUCAACCUUCGCUUCGGACUCGCGCGGGGCAACGUGCGGUUUGCGAUUCCAAUCGCGAUCGCCCCGCUCUCGGCCGCGACGGCUUGGAACACGUUCUUUGCGGCGACGCUACCGUUUGUGCUCUCAGCCGUCGUGCGCCAAGUGCUUCGGCCGGCGCAAAAGCGCAAGCAACAGCGCCAAGUGCAGUCGGAACACGCCCGUCGCAUCUCGUACCUCAUGGAAGCCCGGCGCUGUGCGCUUGCGCAACAAACGCUCAUGGCCCGCACCGCCACGAAGGAGGCGACCGAGCACGGCAUUGAGAUUCUGGUCGCGCGCUACGGCAAGCACCCGACGACGGCGCAAGAUGGACUUCCGUCGUCGAUCGAAGAUGUCAACAUCGACGUGACAAUCCCGCUCCGCUUCUUCCUCCAGGACGGGUGCUUGCACCUCCAAGCCACGUCCAAGGCCGGCUUGCUCGGGUUCUACGACCCGUGCAUUGGUCUCUACGACCCGCAAGUGCCGACGAAUGGCCCGCAGCUGUACAUUCGGUACGCAUACGAUGGCAACGUGUACGAAGCGACGUUCCUCGACACCCAAGAAGUGGUGCUGCCGUCCGUGCAUGCCCAGCCCAUGGGUCCUGUCGGCCACGUCUUGUGA